GGAUGAGAUGAUUGGAGAGCUCUUUACCCUUUCCAGCCAACCUCGGUCAAAGGUAUAUUUAGGUAGUGAUGUACCGACAUCGACAUAAAUAUAGAGUCCAGGGGAGCUACCAUCAUGUCUCAUUUAUUUUAUCUAUGACAACUACUCAUAACGGCUACAUGGAAAUAUUGAGGAAUAAUAAGGGGUCAUCCGAAAAGAAUGGUUCUUUGCAAUUUACAUUUCAUCUCGCUCAAGGACGGAGUUUCGAUCGGCUCAUUUCUCGCCAAGUUCCGUCGAAGCGGCAUUAAGCCCGUCGUACAGGCCCGAGUCAUUCGGUGGAUGGUCCUACCCACACAGAUUUCAAUAGGCCACCUCUUGGGCCGAAAUAUCCACUGGGAUCUUCUUCUGGUACUGGGGGGGAAUGAUUUUAUUCCUCAUGAAGCACAGCUAGAUAUCGAUGCAACUUGGACGGCAUCGAGUGGUGUCUCAUCUAAAGCUAUAUCAAAUUAUGAAGCUAUGAACGCAGAACUACUUCACCCGCCGCCCGGCUCCGUCAAAUCACCAGAAAAACAUACCAUUGAACCAUCAAGGACAUCGCAAAACCUCGAAAUGAGCCCCGAGUUAGAAGAGUGGAUGACGGCGCUACCAACGCCGUUGAAGGAGCACCCGGUCUCGAUGCUAAACUUACUUGCUUUCAAUCCCGGGAAGAAGGAUCAAUAUAAGCAAUACGGUGUUGAGUUCUCGGCCAAGGUCGGCUCUAAACAUGGCGGACGGGUGAAGAUUGUCGGGAGGGUGGUAGGUGGCCAAGCGCAUGGAGAUGGAUGGGAAGAAAUCGCAUUCGUACAUUAUCCGUCUGUUCAACACUUUGCUUCCAUGGCGGGGAGUAAGGACUAUCAGGAUGUCAAUCACAGGUAUCGUCUUGGGGCGCUUAAGGAUACAUUCAUCUGCUGUGUUAUGGAGGUUGACGACAAUGGCAAUCUCGGCAAUCUUCGUUCCACUAAAGAGAAGCUGUAAGCGUCAUAUUAAAUCUACCACGAGGUGUCUAAAAGCCUAUGAUGUACAUAUCGAUUCGACGGGAUGUCUUAGACCAAACAAAGGUCGGGUCCAUCAGUUGAGGCCGAUGUUGCCACCAACGAAUGAAAGUCCGUACUGGAUAGUUGUAAACACCGAGUACCAUGAGAUUACGUACCUAACUGAUCCUUGGGGUAUUCUGGGGUAUAACAAAAGAACGAACGUAUUAGCUUCUCUUAUAAAUAACAAGGAAAUCGAUGCGACGGUAUUAAAGCUCACGAGGUAUUCCAGACCAGCCCAUCACACUGUAUUUGUAGACACCAAGAUGGGGAGAAUGGACCUAUAAAGGCCCUAGGACUUGUUUAGCAGAUUUGCUGGUGUGUAUGGUAGUCUCGGCAGCUUUUUUUUAUCUGUAGGAUGACGUCUCGAUAGUAUGGGGUCACGCACGCCUGGGAGAUCUUAGACCCUGGCAACCCCGCAAUAUCGACUCAAGAUGCAUAUGGUAUACGGAAUAUAUAUCAUAGUAGUAAAGG